UAAUGAAUCAAUGUUGUGAUAUCGUUUAUCAAAAUUGCAAUAAAUUGGAUGUUAUACAAGGAAGUUAUGAAGGGGGUUAGACGUUGUGGGAAUGUACUUUCGAUCUCUUAUAGUACCCUAAAUAACUUAGUGGUCUUGAUGUGAUAGAUAUGGGAUGUGGUUUAGGAUUGUUGGGAAUAUAAGCAUUAAAAUAAGGAGCCAAAAGUGUUUGUUUUUAGGAUUAUAAUGAAGACACAUUUGAGAAGGCAAUAUUACAACAAUUGAAAUUGAAUAAUCUGGAGGAGAACAAGAAUUAUUCAUUUGUGAAUGGAGAUUGGGAAACACUCAAUCUAUAAAAAGUUGAUAUUAUUUUAGCAUCAGAAAUCAUAUACAGAGAAGAAUAUUAUUCUAAGGUGGAAGAUUUCAUAGCAAAACAUUUGAGACAAGAUGGAAAAUGUAUAAUGAUAAAUAAAAGUUAUUAUUUUGGAGUAGGUGGUUCUGUAGCAGGAUUUAAAAGUUAUAUAACUAAAUUAUAAGUUGUAGAAGAAGAAAUAAUAAAUACAAAAAAAGGAGUGAAGAAAAUGAUUAUGAAAUUAUAGUUAAAAUGAAU